GAUUUGAAGCUGAACGUGCUAGAGAUGAUGGUGUUGAGUAUCUUGUGAAGAAACAUCCUGAAAUUCUCAUGUUUCAACUUGGAAAAAAAAAUUCCUGGCUAAAAAGUAUGUUGACGUCAAUUGGAUUAAAUGGCAUUUUGUCUCUUCCUUCCUUGUCUUCCUUGAUUAUAAAAGGAAGCAUUGAAUUUAUUUCUGGAAUAAACGUGAAAAUAGUUUCAAAACAACUCCAAACUCUACAGCUAAAUUGUGAUGAGUUUAGUCAAAAUUAUGACUGGUUUCUACAAAUAUUGGAACAGUGUGGGAGUACUCUUAAAUCUUUGACCUUGAAGCAUUCGAGUAUGACUGGUGAUAUAUUGAUUAAAUACAAAGGAACCCUGCCUUGUUUAGAGAACCUUAACAUGAGAUGCUGUACACAUCUCACAGAUAAAGGACUGCUGCAGAUACUUCAGCUUUGUGGAAGUACACUUAGAUCCCUGGAUAUAUCAGAAACAAAUAUAACUGGAGAAAAUCUGUCUGAAUACAAGGGAACCCUGCCUUGUUUAGAGAACCUGAACAUGGGUUGCUGUAAACAACUUACAAACAAAGGACUGCUGCAGAUACUUCAGCUUUGUGGAAGUACACUUAGAUUCCUGGAUAUAGUGGGAACAAAUGUAACUGGAGAGAAUCUGUCUGAAUACAAGGGAACCCUGUCUUGUUUAGAGAACCUGAAGAUAAACUGAUGUUAUCAACUUACAGAUAAAGGACUACUGCAGAUACUUCAGUUGUGUUGAGAUGCACUUAGAUCCUUGGAUUUACAACAUACAUGUAUAACUGGAGAGUAUCUGUCUCAAUACAUUCACGUGAAAGUGACCAGGGGGUGAAGCUUAUAUAUUGAAACAACAAAUUGAAAUUGUGGUAUUCCUUAAUUCUGGAACACAUUAUUAGUUCUGGGAACGUUCAGCUAUCGAACUGAAGAAUAUUUCAUUAACGAAUAAAAAUAACUAUUCAUGAUUAAAAGAAGAUGGGAUAGUUAAAAAUAACAAAUAAAUAGAUUUUUACAAUGGCUGUGACUAUUUUAGCCUUCUAUCUCAAUUUUUAAGACCAAUGGCAGCCUGUAUAAAAUAUGGUGUCACAAAGUCUAAAAUUGACCCUUUUUUCGGCUAUGGCUGCCGAAAAAGGCCUUUGCGCCUAAUGCGCACCUAUUUAUUACGAUCCCCUAUUAAUUGCAAUUCUGAAAAUAAAAACAAAACCAAACUACAUUAAGUUUUGAGAAAAUGGCAAAAUUAAGUGUUUUUAGCCUUAAAAAUUCAAUGUGUAACGCGAUCAGAUAUGAUGUAAGACACCCUGUUUAAACCAAAAACUGUAUAAACUUCACUGAUCUAUCUAGCACAUAAACUUCGGUGUACAUUAUGAUGUCUGUUUUAUCUUCUAUUGAAAUUAUUUCAGAAAAUAAGAACAAAAUGCCUGCUCCUCCAUAUACUGGUCCUAUUGACAAAAAAAUUGCUUGUCAUAUGGAAUGGGACCCAGACUGUAAACUCUGGGUUGGCAAUCUAGGAGAAGAGGGGAAUAGGCUAGAGAUUGAGGAAGCAUUCAGUCAGAUUGGACCAAUAAAGAAUAUUUGGGUCGCCAAGAAUCCUCCAGCAUUCGCGUACGUCGAGAUGGACGAUCCGAGGUAAUUUGCGGGCCUCGCGGACAUCUCUUUCUCUU